AUGGCUAACGAAGCUCAUCCUUGUCCCUGUGACAUUGGCCAUAAGAUGGAGUAUGGAGGGAUGGGGCGUGAAGUUCAAGUGGAACAUAUCAAGGCUUACGUCACCAGAUGCCCCGUUGAUGCUGGCAAAGCCGUGAUUGUCAUUCAAGAUAUAUUCGGUUGGGAGAUGCCCAAUACCAGAUACAUGGCUGACAUGAUCUCAGGAAAUGGAUACACAACCAUCGUUCCAGACUUCUUUGUAGGGCAGGAGCCAUGGGACCCCUCUGGGGACUGGUCCACUUUUCCAGAGUGGUUGAAAACAAGGAAUGCCAGGAAGAUUGACAAAGAGGUGGAUGCUGUCUUGAGGUAUCUGAAACAACAGUGUCACGCCCAGAAAAUUGGCGUCGUGGGAUUCUGCUGGGGAGGAGUUGCUGUCCAUCACGUGAUGAUGACGUACCCAGAAUUGAGGGCAGGGGUAUCCGUGUAUGGCAUCGUCAAGGAUUCUGAUGAUGUGCACAGUUUGAAGAACCCCACGUUGUUCAUUUUUGCAGAAAAUGAUGCUGUGAUUCCUCUUGAUCAAGUCUCUUCGCUGACCCAGAAGUUGAAAGAACACUGCAAAGUGGAAUAUCAAAUAAAAACAUUUUCUGGGCAAACUCAUGGGUUUGUGCAUCGAAAGAGAGAAGAUUGUUCACCUGAAGAUAAGCCCUAUAUUGAUGAGGCAAGAAGAAACUUACUCGAAUGGCUGAGCAAGUACAUUUAG